GUGACCCACGGCGGCGGAUGGCUACGAGCGACGAAUUCCGGCGAUGCUCUGGUUCAUCACGGCGGCAGCUGGCGCUAGGGAGUACUAUUUUGUUAUUUUCAUACCAUUUUACCCCUAUUUAGAAGUUCGCCCAAUUAUUUUUACUCCGUAAUUUAGAAAGACCACGGGUGAUUCUUUCCAUCCAUUCAUUCAUUCGAUCCAUCCAUUUGAACCGACCUGCAUUGCUCGGAGAGGACGCAACCCAUUCCAAUGCAUUGUUGAGGUGAUUUGAACAAAAUAUAUGAGAUAACAAAGGAACUACUCUGUGAGAUUCUAACGAUUAUUUACACACAGACAAAUACAGUUGCGGAGAUUGAUAAAGAUGCUAGCCAGCACAGGCAGUAUAGGCGGAUCAAGAACACAAUUCUUCUGGUGCAUGUCGUCCAGAGGAAGAACCGGGGUGGGAUACCAUGGUGGUUUUAAAAGCAACCGUCCGAAGAAUGGGACUGCUUCCUGGUAAUGCUUGAAAUCUUUUGUCCGACCAUUCCACUCUACAAUACAUUUGUCUUGCUCUACGAAAAGGAUGUCAGGAUCAUUAGGAUGAAACCGUAUGUUUCUUAUAAGUGUGUGAACGCCAACAUUGUUGUUAUUCCCCUGCUUGAUGAAUGUAUUAUCGUGGUGAAAACACACGUCCACUAUGGGUACUUUGUGCACGAAAUGCCACUUCCCUGCUCCCUCUUCCUCUUUGAGUUCCCAAACCAUCACGUGAGACAACAUGGAGAAUUGCAUGUCAUAAUAAGGAUAGUCGUAGCACUGGGAUAGACGUAGGCGCCCAUUGCACACUCCAAUGUUCCCGCGCAAUCCAUGGCUAGGGUAAACCAUUCCAUGGGGUAAGUCAAUGACUUGAGGCUUGUCUUGCAAGUCUUUGAUGUUGAUCCUUAUGACACGACUUUCGUUGGAGUACCACAGAAUACCCUUGUGGAAACAGCUCUCCCUUAGCCAGGAACCACUGAGGAAACAGAAGCCUCGCGGGAUACCCACACUCAAAGUCUUCCACACCUUGUCCUUGGAAGAAAAGACUUCGAACCUCAAUGGAAAAUCAGGAUAAAAUGUCUCUUCUGGCCCUUUGUCCAUGACCAAGACAAUGUACUCGUAUUCCGGAUUGUAAAUACUGCCAUUGUUGCUUCCAGUGGGAUCUUGCUCUCUGUAGAAGCUUCCAGAAUAGAACUGGAAGCUCUUCGCGCAGUCGUGAGGCCGAGGAGGAAGAGCAACCCAUUGCCUUGUGAUUAUAUUACAGACAUAGUAAUAAUCAUCCGUGCAACCGGAGUAGGACCGCUUGGGGCGAAAACUGCUCUUCAAGUGACCGCAGAGGAACAAAUCUCCAGAGACCCCCAAAACACCCAACUCUUCCCCUUCUCUCUUUGGGAGAAAAUCGAGGGACCUGUGGAGAACAGGGAGAUCCUCUGUGUCGUUGCCUUGCCGGCCACAACAUUGGUCUCCGAACUCAUUGCUGUCUGUGAAGUUGAGGAUGACGUAAGGUUGUUGGUGGAGCUGAGUGGGGCGGUGGAAGGCCAUGAGUCUCUCGAGGAAGGAGGCUUGGGACAGUAAAAGGGACCAAGCCUUGGACACCGACAGACACCGAGUCUUUGUAGGUGAGCCGCUGGAGAAUCUCCGCCAGCAAAUCGUCGCCGAGCUUUUCUAUCUUUGCACCCAUGAUGAUGAAAACAAUCAGAACUUUGUUUCGUUCAGAGUUCUUGCGGGAAUGUGAUGCCGU